CCUUCAUAUAAUUGUCAUUGUUAAUGUCACAUUAAUCGAUUUUAGGAAAUGUGGUACAUUUUGUAUACAUUAAUUUUUUUACACGAAACAUGUAUAUGCAUUACGGAGGGGAGGUAUUUGCUGGAAACGAAGUACAUAGAGGUUCCGGUGGAUCAUUUUUCCGCAUCGCCGAAGCCUCGAUUCUUCAAAUUGAGGUACUUACUAAACGAUAAGUACCACGUUAAAGGCGGACCGGCGUUCGUUUACACCGGCAACGAAGGAGAUAUAUCCAUGUACGCCCAAAAUACCGGAUUCCUCUUCGAUAUCGCUCCCAUUUUCAACGCUCUUUUAGUCUUCAUUGAACACCGAUACUAUGGAGUAUCUCUUCCAUUCGGAAAUGAUUCCUUCGCUUCAUCGGACAACUUAAGAUAUCUAACCACCACGCAAGCGCUAGCCGACUUCGCCUACACCAUCGAAGCCUUGAGAAGGACCUUCUUCGGCGACGUCCUAUCGUACGACACCUAUCCGUUCGUCGCGUUCGGCGGCUCCUACGGCGGCAUGUUGGCCGCCUGGCUGCGAAUGAAAUACCCCUACGAGGUGGUCGGCGCCGUCGCCUCGUCGGCGCCGAUUUUCCACUUUCCCGGCCUCACCGUCGGUUGCGCGGCGUUCAACGCGCAAAUCACGCGCGUUUUCCGACGGUACGGCGGCGAGCGGUGCGUCAGGACGGUCGAACUCGGCUGGGACGCCGUGCUGAAUCUGUCUCGGACGAAACUGGGCAUGGACUUCAUAUCCUCCUCGUGGAAGCUGUGCAAACCGUUGAAGACAGCCGAAGACGUGCGCAGGCUGCUUGAUUGGCUGGGCUCCGUCUACGAAAACCUGUCGAUGUUCAAUUACCAUUACCCCGCCGAUUUCGUCGCGCCCCUACCGGCCUACCCCGUGAAAAUAUUCUGCGACAAACUCACCACGGCCUACUUCAACGACACCAAAGGCCUGAUCGAUCGCUUCGCCACGGCCUUGGCGAUUUACACCAACUACACCGGCAAAAGAUCCUGCAACAACGUAAACGGUUCGUACGAAGAGCCGGCCGAGAUAGCGUGGAGUUACCAGACCUGCGUCGAGCUGGCGAUGCCGAAAUGCUCGCUAGAGGGCGACAUGUUCCCGACCAAGUCGUGGAGCUACGAAGGCCAUUCCGAGGCCUGCUACGAGCGGUUCGGCGUGCGCGGAUUGGGCCGCGAUUGGCCGGCGAUGGCGUACGGCGGGAAAAAUCUGAGGCACUAUUCGAAUUUGGUGUUCAGCAACGGUUUGAUGGAUCCCUGGUCGGUGGGAGGGGUGUUUUCGAAUGUUUCUUCAACGGUGUUGGCGUUUAAUAUCACCGACGGUCCUCAUCAUGUGGAUUUUAGACGGGCCGAUCCGGCCGAUAAUAAUUACGUUAUAGAGGCUAGAAGGUUUCACGUUAGGAUUAUAAAACAGUGGUUGAAUAUGGUUUGAUGUUUUAGAUUUUUUUUUCAUUCAAUAAAUUAUACGGUAAUUUAAUAAGCAACCGUCGAUUAUCCGGUUAACGUUAUAUGUGAUCUACAAGCAUUUAGAACGCUCCAGACUCAUUUCGAACUGUCUAGAACAAUUUU